AUGGCAAUCAAUAGCAUGAAGAACCCGACUAUUUUUAUUUUAUUGGCUAAUAUUUGUCUUGCUAGUUGUUCUUUACAUCAUAACUUGAGAUACUUUGAAACUCUUCAUGCCUCAAACUUUAAACAUAACAUAGUGAAGAGAGGACUAAAAUAUUCGUCACAUCCGUUUAAUGUUAUCAAGGAACUUCAUUUUCACACUCUUGGAAAAGAUUUUAAGCUUAUUCUUCACCCACACAGCAGUGUAUUACACUCUAACUUUAAAGCAUAUUCUGUAGAUGGAAAUGGAAAUACAACAGUGGUUCAUGUUGAUCGUGAAAAUUUUUUUGCUGGACGUGUAUUUGGUGAGGGUUCUUCUGAGGUAAAAAUGCACAUUGAAGAUGGGGUUAUAACAGGAAUUAUUCAUACUCCAGGUGAAACAUAUCAUAUUGAGCCUUCUUGGCGUCACUUGCCCCACUUAGAUGGAAAAAGCAUGAUUACAUACCGAUCAUCAGAUAUUCGUUUUAGUUGGCAGGACACUAGUGGGAAUAAACCACGGGUGUGUGGGUAUGUAAAAGAAGGGGAAGAAUUAGAAGAAGAUGAUGAAGAGGACAAUGAAGACUUGGAAACAAUACAAGAGCAGUCAGAAAAAGACAAAUACUUGGAAUACACACAGAGUGGUAACAAAGAGAGUGAGUCAAGUAAUGUCAGGUCCAAUAAGCGAAAUGGUCAGAGAGUAAAGCGACAAAGUGACUAUGAGUACACUCCAACAAAGACACGUUGCCCCUUACUGCUUGUAGCUGACUAUAGAUUUUUCCAGGAAAUGGGAUCGAGUAAUACUAAGACUACUAUCAGUUACUUGAUAAGUCUUAUAGACCGCGUCCAUAAGAUCUAUAAUGAUACUAUUUGGCAGGACAGACAGGAUAUGGACGGAUUUAAGGGAAUGGGUUUCGUCAUAAAGAAGAUCUUAGUCCACUCGGAGCCUACUCGAGUCCGGGGUGGAGAAGCGCAUUACAACAUGGUCCGAGAGAAGUGGGACGUUCGGAACUUGUUAGAGGUCUUCAGUCGAGAAUAUUCUCACAAGGAUUUCUGCCUGGCUCACUUGUUCACGGACCUUAAAUUCGAAGGAGGUAUCUUGGGCUUAGCGUACGUCGGGUCGCCGCGCAGGAACUCCGUUGGUGGAAUUUGUACACCAGAAUACUUCAAGAAUGGAUAUACGCUAUAUUUGAACUCCGGUCUGAGCUCAUCUCGUAACCAUUAUGGGCAACGCGUGAUCACUCGCGAGGCGGAUCUAGUGACGGCCCAUGAGUUCGGCCACAAUUGGGGCUCGGAGCACGACCCAGAUGUGGCUGAAUGUUCGCCCGCUGCUAGUCACGGCGGAUCGUAUCUAAUGUACACGUAUAGUGUCAGCGGAUACGACCUCAAUAACAAGAGAUUUUCGCCGUGCAGCCUGCGGUCGAUCCGCAAAGUGUUGCAGGCUAAAUCGGGCCGAUGCUUCUCAGAACCAGAGGAGAGCUUCUGUGGCAACUUGCGUGUGGAGGGUGGCGAGGAAUGCGACGCCGGAUUACUUGGUACGGAGGACAACGACAUGUGUUGUGACAAGAAUUGCAAGCUCCGUCGAAGCCAAGGCGCCGUUUGUAGCGACAAGAACUCGCCGUGUUGCGCGGGUUGCGUGUUUGCCCCACCGGGCGUGGUGUGCCGAGAGGCGGCGCAUUCUGCCUGCGAGGGGGAGGCCACUUGUAAUGGUGCCUCUGCUGAUUGUCCUAAGGCUCCGGCAAUAGCGGAUGAGCACGAAUGUCUAGAACGGGGUCGAUGUAGGAACGGUAGCUGCGUACCAUAUUGCGAGACACAGGGGAUGCACAGUUGCAUGUGCGAUAUAGUUGCGGAUGCGUGCAAGCGUUGCUGCCGUAAGAGUUUAAACAAGACUUGCUUCCCGGUUGCUCACAAUGACAUACUACCAGACGGCACGCCUUGCAUUCAGGGAUUUUGCAACAAGGGCGUCUGCGAGAAAACAAUUCAGGAUGUGGUGGAGCGGUUCUGGGAUAUAAUUGAGGACAUUAACAUAAACAAUGUGUUGGGAUUUCUGAGGGACAACAUCGUCGGUGUUGUAGUGCUGGCAACGGCAUUUAUCUGGAUACCCGCAAGUUGUGUCAUCAGCUACGUGGAUCGACGUCGCCAACGGAUGCAGCAGAAAUACCUUGCGUGGGAGCGACAUCACGAUCUCGUUCAUCCUUCUUCACCGCGCAAGAUUAUAUACACAAGAUUGCCAAAACAAAAACCACAGGGCAUUAAAUCCGUAAUCCAAGGCAGUAGUCAACUGUAG